GAAAAAAGGAAAGGAAAAACCCUCUUCCACGAUUCAAACGUUGAAAAAUAUUCUGAACCAAAAAACUGAAAUUUCCAUUGUCUCUCCCAUGGCGAUGAAAGAUUGAAGGAACUAGGGACGCUGGAUCUUAGACAAAGAUCAACAUCUGAACUCAAUUUGAUCAGUGUUUUUCUUUUACUAAACGCUGAAGAACCAAUGGCGGUUCCCGUGGUUCAAUUCCCGAUCUUUAUGGCUGUGAGAGUGCUCGGGAUGAUUGUGGCAACUCUUGUGAUCAUUUGGACCUCGCACUUCCGUGGAGGAUUGGCACUUAUCUCAGACAACAAGGAUCUCAUCUUCAAUGUCCAUCCUGUUCUAAUGGUGAUUGGACUCGUACUUCUAAAUGGUGAAGCAAUGUUAGCAUACAAGACAGCUUCAGGAACCAAAAACUUCAGAAAACUAGUUCAUCUCUCACUACAGUUUGUUGCAUUCUGUUUGAGCCUGAUUGGUGUAUGGGCUGCCCUGAAGUUCCACAACGACAAAGGAAUCGACAACUUUUACAGUCUGCAUUCAUGGUUGGGCCUACUUUCCGUCUUCCUCUUUGGCAUCCAGUGGACUGCAGGAUUCGUAACUUUCUGGUACCCAGGUGGCUCCAGAAACAGCAGAGCUACUCUGUUGCCAUGGCAUGUUUUCUUUGGCGUUUAUACAUAUGGCCUUUCUAUUGCCACAGCUGCCACUGGAUUGUUAGAAAAAGCCACAUUCCUUCAAACCAGCAAGGUAAUAUUACGCUAUUCGAAUGAGGCUUUGCUAAUAAAUUCAUUGGGUAUCCUUCUUGUUCUUCUCGGGGGUCUUGUAAUUCUUGCGGUUAUAGCUCCGCCCAACGGCAAAGGCGAGAUUUUAAGAGGGCCUGCAGAAUAGGAUGAAACAGAAUGCUGCCUCAUAACUGGAACUGGAACGAGUAUUUUGUACUGUGUAUGGAUUACAGCGGCAGUUCUUUCUUGCCGUAAGCACAUCAAAAUCCAACUUGCCUUUAUUCUUAAUUGAGAGAGUUGAUUCAUCCAUGUUCUUUUCUGAUACUUGAAUGAUUUCAAAAGGUUCAUGACACAAAAGUUCACAUCA